AUGGGGCCUAGGGUGAAUGCUAAUAAGAGUACGGCCGCCUCAAGGUUGAGAGACUUCGUGAGAAUGAAUCCUCCUAUAUUUUUAGGCUCUAGAAUUGCAGAAGAUCCCCAAGGAUUCUUGGAUGAGAUUUACAAAAUUGUGAAUGCUAUGGGAGUAUCUUCUAGAGAGAAGGCAGAAUUGGCUUCAUACCAAUUGAAGGAGGUGGCCCAAAUUUGGUUUAAGAAGAGGGCUCCAAAUCAAGAUUUAUCAAGUGCUCCUAAGGUUAACCAUGAAGGAGGUGGUGGUUCUCAAUUUGCUAAGCCUACUUGUUCCACUUGUGGAAAGAAGCAUUUUGGGAAGUGUCUAUCCAGCACUAGUGGUUGCUAUGGUUGUUGGAAAAAUGAUCACAAGGUGAGAAAUUGUCCUAAUAUUGUUGCUAAAGGAAGGAAUGCUAGGCAAGCUCCUUAUAGUGGUCCUAGUGUUGAUGGUCAAGCAAGGAAUCGUUUCUAUGCUAUCCAAGCUAACAAGGAGGCAAAUCCGGAUGGAGGUGCCGGUAAGUCAUAA